AUGCCAAAGACUAUUCCCCAGAUAUUGGACCUCGGGUCAUCGACGUCGUCAGUGAAUUCAUUCGCCUCAACUGGAGAUACUGCUCGCUUGGCCUCAACUUCAUCCACGUCACUAGUUGGUGGUGAUCACCCAUCAAAAGUCACAACGAGUCAUUUGUUGCAACAUCGACCAAAGAAAAGGAAAAGAGCACCAGUUAUUCAAGACGAGGACGCCAAUAUUGUUGGUCUAUCGGAAUCAACACAACGUCAAUUAGAGAUAAGCAAGCAAUCAUUAUAUGAUGUUAUCGAUCGGGUUUUGAAGAAUCAGCCAUUAGGUCAUUCUUUAUCGUUUUUUUACGGCCGAGUUGAAGCCAUUUGCCGAUACAAACAUGAGGAACAAAAGAAACUAGCUGACUACUUGUUUGAGAAGUUGGACGCGUUUUUUGAAGAUACGAUCGAAAGACCAUUUUCAGGGCACAAGUUUCCCAGAGAGGACAAGAAAUAUACUCCCAAUAUCGAAGACGAUUUGUUUGCUUUGAGUGUUUGCGAACGUGUUCUUGAGGAUUGGAAAAUUUGGAAUACUAUUGUAAUGAAAUUGAGUCAAGUGUUUGCAUAUCUUGAAAAGAAUUACCUACAACCACACCACUCACGAAAAUCUAUAGCCACUUAUGGUGAAUCUAAAUUUGCAGACACAUAUUUUACGGUCAAACGAGACGAACAAGGUAACAUCAAGAACGAUGAUGUUAUCCAGGAGACGACAAAAACCACCAACUAUGGGGCAGUUGUAGUAGAACUGUACAUUUUCGUUACUCUACUAUACUAUCGUGCAAAGUAUUGGGAAGCAACGGAAAAGGACAUUGUAAAUCGCUCGCGGGCGGCGUUCAAAGAUACAACAGCAUUGACCGAACGCUUGAUAGCAAAAUCUGAAACAUGGUCACAACUUUUUCCAAUAACCACAGUGAUUCUGCAAUUUGACACACUCCCUGAUCGUGAAUAUGUAGGAUGGUUCUGUGAUGAAAAAUUUCAAAAUGCUAUUGAACUCAAGAAGAGAUUUAUGAUUUUGGACGACGAGAUUGCGCUUUACAAGAGUUGUGGUAAAGAAAAGGAUUAUGUUGAUCAUUUAGCAACAAGUUUAAUAUUCCUGUUGGUGUUUAAAGAGGACUUUAACGACCUUGUUUUAAAUGAUUUUGGUCAAUUGAUUGAAUCGCCAGAAGAAAUGAAAAUGUUGAAUAAGAUGUGCUUUGGCAUCGAGGGUCAGUUAGCAAUCAAUGGAGAGGAGAAAAUAAAGUAUGUGUGGAGGCAGUAUUGUACAAAGAUAUUCAUAGAGGCUAUCGAAAUGUAUCAGUCUAAUGCAAUUGACUUACUGAUGUACCCUAAUGCUUUACUAUACAUAGAUCCUAUUUUGAAGGGCCUCCAAGAAAAGGUUACGUACUAUUAUGAUGAAAAUAUCUCGCUAAAGUACCUUCCAGAUGCAUGCUUUAAUGGAGUUGUUAAUCUAUCAAAAUAUAACACCUACAUGAUACAGCAAUUGUGCAAACUUUGCGAUUUGUACUUCAAGUCCAAACUCACUAUUCUGGUUAAGUCCGUGUCAGCCUUGUGGAAGCUAGUGAGCAAUUGUUACAUAGAGUUAUCCAAUCAGGAUGAUUUUUUGACAGUUUACAAGAAGGAUGCUUCGCGAAGAUUGCUUUUGGGUAAAACAUCCAAUUUGAAAGAAGAGCAAGCCUUUGCAAAGCUUUUGAAGGAUUUUGGUAAAAAAACCGAUGCGUCUUCCAGUUUAGAAAGUAUGUUUGAGGACUUGAAGUCUUCAAGUAGCGUGUACUCCAAAUUGGUAAAGGUGCCCGAUUUUGAAUUUGAGCCAUUAAUUUUGGAAAAGUCGGUAUGGCCAGAAAUCCCUAGUCAAGACUAUUCGUCAGUGCAACUACCUACUGAAUUUACAACUGUGUUGGAAAAUUUUGGUCAAGCUUUUCACGAAGCAGAUGAUAGAAAUGGCAGAAAAAGAUUGGAUUGGUCUAAUUACAAGUUGCAUCAUUUGACUAUUGCUGGACAUUUCGCCAAUGGGGAGAAAUCGAUAACUGCCAAUAUGUUGCAAGCAAUGGUAAUUCUAUUAUUCAAUGAAGCUGAGACGUUUACCUUGCAAGAGAUAACACAAAAGACCAAGAUGGAUCCAGCACUUUUACAAGCGGUUUUGAACACAAUGACCACCGGGAAACACAAGAUUUUGAAACAAGAGGGCAACGUGAUCAAGUUCAAUCGUGCCUUUAAGGACAAGUCCAAGUCAAUCAAGUUACCCAUUGUUAAAGAAACAGCUUUGGAUUUGUCAUCAAGUAGAGGGACGUCGAUUGAUAAAGAGGUUAUUGAAGCUAUCGAAAAGAAUAGAACUGAAGAAUUCAAAUCAGUGAUUGUCCGAAUUAUGAAGCAAGCCAAGACUUUGCAAAUGACAAAUCUAUUGAAUCAAAGUAUCGAAAUUUUACAGAAACGCCGGCCAGUUUCGAUAAUUGAUCUUAAAGCUGUCAUUGAAAAGUUGAUCACUGAUGAGUUUCUUCGAAGAAGGAAUAGAGAUACAAUCGAGUACAUUGCUUAA